AUAUAUAAAUUAUUUUAUAUAAAUUUAACUAGCUAACCAUAAAUAAAUAAAGCGGCACCUGUGCGAUGUAAAAUCUAAUUUCCAAUAAAAAUGACAGCUAAAACUGCUUUAGUAAUCUAAAACCUAAAGAUUGGAAGAAACGGCUACUUUUACGUCAAUACAAGGCGCCGAUUCUUGGCGCAUGCGUAUAUCACGUGGUUUCGCCAUUUUGGGUGUCGUAGAGCUAACCAUACCUAGCUGUCGGUGUUAGCUUUUAUGGUUCCUUCGUCCAGCUUCACCUUUUCCGCUCUGAAAAUAAAUCGGCGCGAAUAGAGACCUGUCCGCGUGCUCAGGUCUGACCCUGGCUCUGUCCUCGUCUCAGAAAUGGACGGAGAAGAGGACGAAUUUAUGUCCGGGAACCAUUCCGAUGAUGGAGGCGGCACUCCGGUUCAGGACGAACACCCCCCAUCGGAUGGUGAAGAGAUGAGGAGUGACGGCCGUCAAUCUGAGGAUGAGGGCAGCAACGACCCCAUGGAGACGGGUGGGGCAGCCAGCGGCUCCGACAAUGAGGACCACCGCAGGGCCGACAGUGACUCAGAGCGAGAGGCCCCCAGGGGCCACGACGACAAUGAUAAAAGCGACUCAGAGGCAGAGGCUCCGCCUCCAGCCGACAGUGAUGAAGACACUCCAGUCAAACGCAGGAUGAGUGUGUCUGACAACGAGGAUGAGUCGCCGGAGAAACGCAGGACAAGUGGGUCGGACAACGAAGAUUCGUCCCCGAUCAAACACGGAGCGUCCAACAAUGAGGAUUCGUCCCCCAUCAAACACGGAGCGUCCGACAACGAGGAUUCGUCCCCCGUCAAACACGGAGCGUCCGACAACGAGGAUUCGUCCCCCGUCAAACACAGAGCGUCCGACAACGAGGAUUCGUCCCCCGUCAAACACGGCGCGUCCGACAACGAGGAUUUGUCCCCCGUUAAACACAGAGGGAGCAGCUCGGAGGUGGAGGAGGGUGAGGACGCCUCCAAAGUGGCAGCCGACAGCGACUCGGAAAAUGAGGAAGCCAAAGUGGCGCCGGCGUCCCCCGGCCGGCGCUCUGACAGCGAUAGUGACUCUGACACAGAGACGCCCGCCAGACGGAAGGCGGCACAGACAGACUCUGAGGAGGAGGAGAAGCAGGAGGAACAAGGAGGAGGGAAGUGGAAGGGGGUGAUGCAGUCUGACAGUGAUGAGGAAGAGGAGGAAGGACGGCAAAGGAAAGCUGGUAGUGGAGAGCAGGAGAGAGGGGAAGAGGAAGACCAGCAGAGAGACAACAGCGACGAGGAAGAUGAGAAGCCAGUGAAGAGGAAGAAGGCCGUCCUGUCGGACAGCGAGGAUGAGGAUGAGGGGAUGGCAGAUAAACCAGUGUUGAAGAGGAGUCGUGCGGUGUCGGAUGACGAGAACUCCGACAGCGACGACGGCUCCUUCGGUCCCGACAAAGAUCUGGUUGCCAAACUGAAAGAGCUCGGAUCGGACAGCGCAAGCGACGAUGACGAGAGAGCGAAGGCCAUGGCGGGGAAGAAGGACGAGAAGGCGCUGUUCGGCAGCGACAGCGACUCUGGAGGCGAAGAUGAGGAGGAGAAAAUGAUUGCAGACAUCUUCGGAGAAUCUGGAGACGAGGAGGAGGAGGAGUUCACGGGAUUCAACCAGGAGGACCUGGAGGGAGACCGGAAGGAGGUGAAGCAGCAGGUGGAGGAGGAGUCGGACUCUGAUGAAGGCAUCGACCGCAGCGGCCAGGAUACCAGCCUCAUGUCCGACUUCGACCUCAUGCUCGCCAAACGAAAGGCCAUGAACAGCAAGAAGAGGCGGCACCGCGACGGAGGAACCUUCAUCAGUGACGCCGACGACGUCGUCAACGCCAUGAUAACCAAGAUGAACGAAGCAGCAGAGGAGGAUCGAACUCUGAACAGUCAGAAGAAACCGGCACUGAAGAAGCUGACGCUGCUGCCGCAGGUCGUCAUGCACCUGAAGAAACAGGACCUGAAGGAGACGUUCAUUGACAGCGGCGUGAUGUCGGCCAUUAAAGAGUGGAUCAGCCCUCUUCCAGAUAAAUCUCUGCCGGCUCUCCGAAUCAGGGAGGAGCUGCUCCGGAUCCUGCAGGAGCUUCCCAACGUGAGUCAGGAGACUCUGAAGCACAGCGGGAUCGGACGGGCCGUCAUGUUUCUGUACAAACAUCCCAAAGAGUCUCGAUCCAACAAAGACCUCGCCCUCAAACUCAUCAACGAGUGGUCGCGGCCGAUCUUCGGUUUAACGUCCAACUACAAGGGAAUGACGAGGGAGGAACGGCAGCAGAGAGACCUGGACCAGCAGAUGCCUCAGAGACGACGACUGAGUCAACCUCAGAAGGUGGAGAGGGCGGAGGAACCUGACGUCUUCUCUCCACCAACCAGGUCCAGUCCCUGUGUGUCAUGGUUGUACUGGAUUCUAACUGGAACCCGUAUGUGCAGCUCUGGGCCUAAAACAUGAACACUUUUAAUGAGAAGACAAACAGCAUGUAAACACAGACCUGCUCCACAUGUAUGGUUUCCUGCUCUGAUCCAUCCAGAUGUUUUAAAAGUUUUAGACCAGGACCAGAAUCCAAAAGAUUUCGUAAAACCAGCUACACCAUGACUGGUUCUGGAGUUCAGCUAAAAUCCCAAGUUUCUAAGACUUAGACACAUAAAUAAAUAAAAGGAUGAACAACCCGAGUGUUAUCACAUUUUUAUAAAUUUCUGUUCAUUGAUUUUCCAGAUAACCUGAAGACAACAUAAAAAAAAAACUUAAAGUACUUCUUCAAAUCAAAAUAUGGAUUAUUAAUACCACUGAUUUACAAAAGAAAACAAAAAAAAAACAUGAAACUAAAGAAACAGACAAACCGAUUAAAAAAGGAAAACAAAACAUGAAC